AAACCAAUUAACCACGUCCUACUAUCCAAGUAUGUUAAAAAAAACUAUGCAUUUCAUGUCACAAUAUCAAAAAUAAUUACCAGAAUCCACCAAUAAUUGAACUGUGUUUGAAACACUUGGAUACAAAAUUAUAUCCAAUAAAUAAUUUCGCUUCAACAGUAACAUCUGCCUUCAAUAAAGAUAUCAUUUUGAUAAAAAUUAAUAGUAUUAUACACUAUUUAGCUUAUUAUGGCUUUAUCAUUGAUCCUUUGUGCAAAAGAACUAAAUGAGUAUUGGGUACUAUAUAAUACUACUGUUACUGCACAAGGCUUCUCUGUGCAACUGACUGUCCCUACCAGAAUUAAAUCUCUAUCUCUCUCCAAAAGAGUCUUUUAACUGAGUUUAUAAUUCGCCACAAUAGAGCUCUGUCUCUAAUGGCAUGCUUAGAAAUGUACAACUUCAGUGGUGGUGGUGACAUAAGUCCUAGAAUCUCUUUCUCUAAUGAUUUCGUUGAGACUAGGCCUGAGACGACGAAGACGCCAAGAUCAAGCCCUCUCUCCAAACCAGAGGGUUCUUCCUCAGCUACUGAUAACUUCGAGUUUUCUGUCUCCGACUACACAAUGAUGCCUGCUGAUGAACUUUUCUCUAAAGGAAAGCUGUUGCCAUUCAAGGAGACUAACCAAGUCCAGAGAACAUUGAGAGAAGAGCUCCUCGUCGAAGAUGAAGAAGAAAGUCCUCAUGAAGCUACCAACAUCUUCUCUCUCAAGCGACCCAUCUUCUCAUCUUCUUCCUCUAAGGGAAGGUGGAAAGGGCUUUUGAGCCUUAAGAGGACCCAUGUUGGGUCUAAGAACAAUGAAGAACCAUUUCUUCACAUGAUCGAUAACAAACAGUCUCAGGAAGCAAUGGGUGGAAGAGAAGGCUUAAGUUGCAGGGGCAUGAAGAAGAGUGUGUAGAGCUUGCAAAAAAAAGCUUCUGGUUAGUUUUUAUUAAGCUAGGAACAUGGUUGCUUCCAUUUUUUUUCUUUAAAUUUAUUUUACAUUUUAUGUUAAACUUAGACCUGAAAUGUUGUUUUAAAAAAAAAUAGGCACUUAUGUGCUGUUGAAGGGGAUGGUUUAUUUCAUUACCUCUUUCCCACUACUCAUGUUUCAUCGAUCUUGUGAAGGGAUGUAAUUUUAUUUGGGUGUACAAAGGAAAAGGUAAAAAAAAAAAACAAGAGUGAGUAGUUCAGAAAAUUUAGUUUCCAGUUUUAAAAAUUGAAGUAACGCAUAUGACUUUUGUCAUCGUCUUUAUAGAUCUACUCUCUGACGAUUUAUUACCAUUCAACUCCAACUCAUCUCUCGUUGACAGCAUUAUCUGCUGCCUGCGUAAUGCAUCAAAGAUUCUGAAAUAAGUAAAAACAUAUUGGUGUAUUGUGUAGUUCAUUAAGUUUUCCGAUAUGAAGUAAGUGUGUAAAUACAUGGUUUCAACAGUUCUGGCAUUGGCGGUAUUGACAGAAAGUUAAUUUUGUUUUUAUUUACCGCUAUGUAAUAAAAUAGCAAGCUCUAAAAAAAAUAAUUUAAUUUAAAGUAAAAACAAUCUCUCUAAUAAACCGGUAGAAUAGACAGUAUAAUGGUAUGACCAAAUAGUUUGAUACAAAAAAAAUUGCAAACGUGUGUGCUUGUGAUGGACUAAAUCUAACCACUAAUUUCUUUUUCAUCUAAGUUUAUCAUCAAAGUGGAAUGGAAUGCAAAGCUGGUAGGUUACAAAUCUCCAAAAGUAUAAACUGAGAAUGUGCGACUGAAUGUCAUUUAUAGAGUAAAAAUCUAAUUACCAAUCAAGUAAACACAUAUUUUCACUUAUUUCCUCUAGUCACUAUUCCAGUGGAGUAAAAUGAAGACACAUACAUUAGAGUAAACACAAUUUACUCCUGUUUUUGUUCUUUCCUAUUUUAAUUUUUCUUCUCUUUUUUUCACCUAUUUAUUUUCUUGCCAUUUAUUCCAAAAUAACCAAUCACACCUUGAAAAGAAGAAGAGCAACGCCAAAACAAAGAAAGAUAUACAAUUCGACACAACAACAACAAGCGACUGGAUUAUCCAUCUGCGAAUGCAAGGAGGAAAAUACCAUACAUAACCAUAGGCAUACCUUUGCACCUUAAACAUUUGAAAUAAAAUAAGUCA